GACAUAUGGCUCCAGGUGCAAUUCCAUCUCGACGCCAUGCAAGGCGUCUAUAUCACGGGGAAAUCAUUCCAGAAUGCUGGUCAGGUCCGUUCUCAUGGGACUCAGAACCUGCUCUUCCAUUUUCUCCCCCUGAUGGCCGGUCUUCAUGACGUCAAGGGGAUCACCAUUCUGGACAUGGUCACGGCCCAGGAAUAUCAUCAAGAUCGUCUCUGCCAGGUAAUGGUGUUGCGACGCUCUGAG